AUGGGAUCCGACGAGGAGAUCUUGCAAGUUAUUGAUGACGCCGGUACUUACGUUCCCACCGAUCCCGCCUGGUUUCCGUCGCAUGCAGAGCUCGGCCCGGAGGCCCUUUCUGUCGUCGCAGUCCUCGGCGCGCAAGGCUCUGGCAAGUCUUCCUUGCUGAACAACCUCUUUGGCACCUCCUUUCCGGUCGCCUCUCGCUCGCCGGUCACCAACGCCACUACCAAGGGCAUCCACGCCUCUACGGCCGACCAUAGCCCCUUAACCGUUGCCCUCGAUGUAGAGGGCUCGGACUCUCGCGACCGCGGUCGCGACGGCCGUGCUUUUCAGACCCGCUGCGCCGGUUUCGUUGCCGCUAUCGCAGACGUCAUCUUGCUCAACAUGUGGUAUCAUGAUGUCGGCCGCUUUGAUGCCAGUGGCUAUGCGCUUCUCGAUGCCGUCUUUGCCGAAGCUAUUAAAAAUGGAGAUCAAGACCCGGACUCGUUUAAGACCGCCCUGGUUUUUGUUGUACGAGAUACCGACGAUGACAUCGAUCUCUCAGUCCUCGAGUCCUCGCUCUUGGAUGACGCCAAGGAGAUCUUCCAGUCGAGUCAAUCUUUAUCGUCGAGCUCUAUUUCCCUCGACGCUCUUUUUGAAAUUCAUGUAGUAGCCCUGCCUCACAUGCGCCAUUGUCAAGAAAAAUUCCAAGAGGGAUGCGGUUUGCUCGCCAAGCGCCUCACGGAUUCCACUGACCCUGACUUUCUUGUCAAGACAGCAUUCUCGAAAACUAUUCCAGCAGACGGCUGUGGUACUUUUACCAAGUCUCUCUGGGAAAGCUUGUAUUCUACACCUCGUGAUACACCGAGAGGCGCCGCCUCAAUGGAGAAUGCCGAUUCCUCUAUGGUGGCUGCUUAUAAAUGCAACGAUGCAUUCUCUGACGCCCUCGUGGGGGCAUCUGAAAGAAUGUCAGCCCUUACCCAAGGUACGCUUGAUGACGGAGAGAAAAUUGAAGGGUUUGGAGCUAAGGCAGCCGAGGUUAUGAAUGAUGCCCUUGCUGACUAUGACGCCGCAACAGAAGAAUGGACGUCUGAACCAAUUCAAUCGCGCAAGCGACGAGAAUUGGAAUCCAUCAUUGAUACGUCUCAACAUGCGAUCUUCAUGAAGCAGAUCCAGCUGCUUCGUGAAAAUGCGCUCGCCCAUUUCAAGUCGGUGACGGCCUCAGACGAUAUGCCCUCAGACUUUGCCUUUUUCACAGCUGAUUCGCUGUUUCAAAGGGAAGCAGAGGAAUCGAAGCGACCUGGCUCGGGCUGGACAACGACGCAGGAGAGGACCGACUUGCAAAAUAUGAUGCAGGAGAUUUCCACGCAACGCAAGCGUCUAAUGACGGUUCAAGUGAGCGCGGCGCAGCAGCAGGCACAUGCGAUGCAAUAUUUGCAAAUGCAGCAGAGCCAAAUGAGUGCAAUUCAAGCACAGGCCUACGGUGGGAGUGCCGGGCAAUGGAAUGUUGGGGCAGCUUAUCGGCCGCCUGACACGAACAUCAACGCGAGUCUGAGCUAUCAACAAGGGCGGACUAACAUUCAGAUCUCGAUGGUGCCGGAUGAAUCGGCAUCGCUGUUAGGCCCGAAUGGGUUCACAGCAGGUGUGGGACCAGGAAAUCUUGGAUUGUCAUUUAACAUCGGUCUGUAACUCUGUGCUCGCAAAAAAUGAACUGGUAGUAGCGGCGAACUAGAGCAAUAGAGCGGUGCUAUCGGCAUGAUGCCUUUUGCUAAGGACGAACGGUAUGGAACGGGAAUGCUGGAGUUGUUGACAAUUAAAACUUUUUGACGUGAAUCCAUUUUCCGGCGUCAAGCAA